AUGCAAUCUGUCAAUAAAUUAUUUGUUAAGUGCCAAUAAGAACCAGCGAAGGAACAAAUCAUUUUUAAGACUGAAUUCUUCAAGUUCACAAAUCAUAAAUAGGUUCUGUUGCUAUUAUGCAGCGAUGAAAACAUUUACAAAAUAAAUAAAUAGAAGAUUUAUAAGGUUUCCCUGUAGUCUUUGCGAUUCAGUGUAAAAGCGGAAUAAGCCAACAAGCAGACUUAGAAGUAGAUGAAGGGUGAUGAAUUCCACACUUAAAUAUACAAAUUUACUUUGGAGAGAGAUGACACAGAUGCUAACGAAUUUUACAACUUUAACUUCCAAUCGAUGUAUUGGUUUGACAAUUUGAGGAACAAACUAAAUAUGCUUGAUUAUUAGGUGAACUAUGACAUUUCUAAAUUAAUCGGUAAAGGGACCUUUGCAUCAGUUUAUGAAGCAAAAUCCAAGUUUGAUAAUCAAAUGUAUGCAGCCAAAGCAUUCUAUAAGAAAACACUCUUUCAAGAUCCAAAAGGAAAAGAACAAGUUGAAAAUGAGAUCAGAAUCAUGAGACAACUCAACCAUCCAAACUUAAUAAAUCUGCAUGAAGUUUAUGAAAAUAAGGCAUAAAUCUAUCUCAUAAUUGAUUUGGCCAGAGGAGGCUCCCUUGAAUAUGCACUCAAGGUGUUAAAUGGACCUGUGCCAUUCUUAUCGGCAAAGGUGAUCUUCCGUUAAAUAGUGGAAGGACUCAGUGGAUUACAUGAAAAGAACAUAAUGCAUAGAGAUUUGAAACCAGAUAAUAUCCUCUUCAGAGAUUUCGUUCCCUUAAAGAGAUACGGAUUGAUUCACAUGGGACCCAACAUCAUGGUUAGCGAUUUCGGUGUUUCAAGUGUGGUCUAAGAAAAACUGAAUGUGUAUCAAUACACUGGAACACCAGGAUACAUGGCACCUGAAGUGUUUGAGACAGAAUAAGAUCCCACGAAAACCUACAAUGAGAGAUGCGACAUAUUCUCUUUAGGUUGUAUUUUGUAUUACUUACUGAUUGGCAAACCACUUUUUGCAAACAAAUAAGCAAAUAUGGAAAUGAAAAUCGAUUGGGUCUCAGUUGAAUAAGAAUUGAAUUCGAGCCAUUCCCUUACUAUGUUAUUAUAAAGAAUGUUAUCUCCGAAUCCUUAGGAUAGACCAUCUUGCAAAGAGAUCUUGGAAAACAAGAUAUUGGAAGUCGAAUAUGGAGAAGACGGAGUGCCAUUAUUCAAAGAUUUCUAAAGACCUAAAAGCAGUCCUCCGAAAAGGUUGAUUUAAGAAGAUCCCCUAAAAAACAAAGGUAAGAGAGGUAGUGUUUUGAUGAACAACAAGGCUAUCAAUAUGAUGCCCAUUAUGGAGGAGAAAUAAAGAGAUUCGGGUAAUCACAAAUUCACCAAGAGGAAUACUAAUAUGGAUAACUAAGAGAUGAAAUCGAGUCAAAUAAUCGUGAAUCCAUAAUCAGUGAAACAGGCACGACGUUCGUCAGCUAUCGUUCCUGGAACUGUUAAAAGACCAUCGCAAUAAUGA